UGGCGACUAGCCCACAGGUCCGUGGCGGUUUUUGUCGUCCUCCGUUUGUCUAUUCGGUAUGAUACCGUGGAUAGUUUACCGCUUGGAAAGCAUCCUGGAUACUCUCCUGGGAACGAACGGGAACCAACAAACAGAAGCAACACUGACAGUUUCGUCCAUCUGUUCUAGCUACAGCCAGACUUCAUGGAUUAUGUGUGACUCACUAGGAUAAACUGAGCUGCCCCUGGUCCUGGUUAGCAUUUGACUUCCUCCGAUGAGGAGUGAGUCAGUCACUGUCCCCAACCGCACCUUGUUCUGCUGCCUGGAGUAGACCUACAGUCCGGGGACAUGGCCAAUCCACACCUGGCUAACCUGGCCUUUGCCUGGGAGAAGUACAUGGACUGUCGAGUACAAGGAGCAGAGCUACAGGUCAGUCUUCAGUGCCUGGAGAGUUUCCUGUGUCUGUUCCACUGUGUCCGCCACCUCCACAACAGCCAUGGCAACAAGGAUGCUCUGAAGUUCUGUUCUGAUAUGAGUGGGGCCAGUAACACUCUGGCGAGGGAGUUCCUCACCGACGUUCACCAGCUUUGCAGCGCCGUGGCUCAGAGGGCGGAGUCACGGGGAGAGGAGGACGAGGAGAGUCACAUGGUUGCUCUGGGCGAAUACCUGGUCAGGGGCAGGGGCUUCUUGCUGCUCAGUGCCCUGGACUCCAUCAUCGACCAGGAGCUGACCUGUCGAGAGGAGCUGCUAACCCUGCUGCUGUCUCUACUGCCACUGGUCUGGAAGAUACCUGUUCAGGAGGAGAAGGCCCCAGAUUUCACCCUGCUGUCUCUGCUGGAAGUGUUCUUGAGCCGGGAGGUGAAUGCAGUCCCCCAGAGGGCGGGGAAAGACCAGAAGACCGGUGCGUUGCACUCUGAGAAGCAGUCCUGCGGUGGCAGCAGCUCCACCUGGAAGGUCCUGCGUCGCUCUCGCCGCACCGCUCAGCGCUACUCCGUAAGGGAUGCUCGUCGCUCCCAGCUCUCCACCUCUGACUCAGACGCCAACUCUGACAACAAGGCCGUCACCGGUGGCACCGGUGGAGUGCGUAGUCGACGUUCUCGCGGUUCUACGAUCUGUGUGAGCUGCCAGCAUCACCGUUCGGAGGCUCCCUUGUUACCCUCGCCUCCUGUCCCCCCUCCCGAAAAGACCAUGGCUUUGCCUUUCCCGCUCUACCCCCAACCUCGGUCGCUGGGCGGGUCCCAGACCACCCUGGACACAGAGACCCUGACUGACCCAGCUGCCAUGUCCAUAUUCAACAGGAUGGAGAACUCUCCCUUCGACCUCUGUCAUGUUCUGCUCUCGCUCCUGGAAAAGGUGUGUAAAUUUGACAUGAGCAUCAACCACAACCCGGGUCUAGCUGUCAGUGUGGUGCCGACCCUCACUGAGAUCCUUACCGAGUUUGGAGACUGCUGUGGUCCGGGGGGAGGAGGAGAGGGGGUGGAGGAGCUGGCUGGAGGCUGGACAGAGGAACCCAUCGCCCUGGUCCAGAGGAUGCUGCUAAGGACCAUCCUCCACCUGAUGUCAGUCGACGUGGGUCAGAGUGAGGCUCUACCAGACAGCCUGCGACGCAGCCUGACCGACCUGCUCAGAGCCACGCUGAAGAUCAGGUCCUGCCUGGAGAGACAGGUUGACCCAUUCGCUCCCAGGACCAAGAAGACCCUGCAGGAGGUGCAGGAGGACUUCUCUUUCUCCCGCUGGAGGCACCGCUCCCUGCUGUUACCUGAGCUGCUGGAGGGGGUACUGCAGGUGCUGUUGGGGUGUCUCCAUGCCUCGGCCCCCAAUCCCUUCUUCUUCAGUCAAGCUCUAGAGCUGCUUCAUGAGUUCAUCCAGCAUCGCGGCCUGGAGCUGUUUGAGGUCACCGUUCUGAGGCUAGAAGGGCUGGGCCGCGCCCGGGACUCUGAGGUGGGGGGUGAGGCAGCAGAUCGUCUAAAAGGACUGAUCUCCGGGGUCCUAAAGAUCAUCAGCUCCGUGAAGACCGCUAAGUCAGAGCAACUGCACCAGUCCGUCUGCGCCCGCCGUCGCCACCGCCGCUGUGAAUACUCUCACUUCCUGCAUCAUCACCGCGACCUCUCCGGACUCCCCGUCUCUGCUUUCAAACAGGCCGCCCGCCGUAACCCCUUCGAAGAGACCGAGGGGAAGGAGGGAUUGGAUGACGUGGUGCGUUACCCAGAGAGGUGCUGUUGCCUGGCAGCCUGUGCCCACCAGUGUCUCCGUCUGCUCCAGCGCCUGUCCUCCAGUGGGCCAGCGGUGCUCCAGGUCCUAGCUGGGGUCCAGGCUGUGGGGAUCUGCUGCUGUAUGGACCCUCGGUCUGUAGUCGGCCCUCUCCUCCACGCCUUCCAGGCGCCAGGGCUCCGCACCUACCAGUCCCACAUCCUCUCUGUCCUCUCCCGGCUGAUCCUGGAUCAGUUAGGUGGCGGCCAGCCCUCUGAGAAAGCUAAGCUAGCCUCCUGUAACAUCUGUACUCUGGACAGCAGUCAGCUGCCGGGCCUGGAGGAGACGCUCCAGCAGGGGGAGGUCGGAGUGUCGUCCCCCACUUUGAGCUACCGUUCCCAUGGUAUCCUCCCCAGUGGAGGGGGAGCAGAGGAUAUGCUGUGGAAGUGGGAUGCCCUGGAGGCGUACCAGGGGCUGGUGUUCGGGGAGGACCAGGCACUCAGCCAACAGGUCGCGGGACACAUGUGUCACUUGAUGUUGAGAGGGAACGCUGUGGUCCAAUGGCAGCUCUACACGCACAUCUUCAACCCUGUACUGCAGAGGGGGGUGGAGCUAGUGCAUCACGCCCAACAACUGGGUGUGUCUACCGCGUGUAGCCAGGUGUGCUCCUACCACGUCCAGUGUCUACCUGUAGAGGUGCUACUGGUCUACCUGCAGACACUACCAACCCUGCUCAAGUCCAGGGUCAUCAGGAACCUUUUCCUGUCCUGUAACGGUCUGAACCAGGUGACUGAGCUCAUCUACCUGGACCAGACCCGGGCCUGGGCCCUCAAGGUGUUUGAGACGUUAAUACUUGGAGUUGGAGUGGAGCACCAGGACCCGGACCCGGAGCAUGCCGAGGCCCAGGAGAGAGAGGCCACGCUCGGCCUGGCUGAGGAGCUGGGGUCCCGUGGGGCCGGAAGUACCGCAGGUCCCAUAGGAGAGGGGGGCCCACAGAGCCUGUCUAAGUUCUACGAGUGUCUAAAAGAGGCGCGCCCAAGGAGCCGGAUUGGUCAAGGGGCAGGAAGGGGGAGGGGCCGGGGAGAGACCCAUCUGAACACCAUCAACCUCUUCCUGUGUGUGGCGUUCCUCUGCGUCAGCAAGGAGGCCGACUCGGACCGUGACUCGGUCAACGACUCGGAGGAUACGUCAGGGUACGACAGUACGGCUUCAGAGCCUCUGGGAGGGAGACUCCCCUGCCUGUCACCUGACAGCGUGGCCCUGCCCUCCAAGGAACAGGUGCGGCGUGCUGCUGACGUGUGGUCGGUGUGUCGCUGGAUCUACCUGGCGAGUCCCGUGUUCCAGAGACAGUUCUACCGGCUGGGGGGACUAGAUGUCUGUUCCCGCCUCAUGACCAUGCUCAUCCAAAAACUCACCUCUCACACCACGGAGGGCAAGGCCAAGAAGAAGAGUGAUGGGAAGGACAAGACUCACUCUGACUCCACGGAUGGCAAGGCCAAGAAGAAGAGCGAUGGGAAGGACAAGACUCACUCUGACUCCUCCUCUGCCACUGCUCUGUCACCAACCUCUAUACCAACCCCAGUUCAGACAGGUUUGAUUGGUUCAACCACCACCACCCUGGGAGUGGAGGAUCCAGGCCAGCACCCAGCUGAAGCUGUGAGCCCAGGCCAGGGUGGGCAGGGAGAGGGUAAGGGGACCCAGAAGGAUCCUUCCAGGAGGCUGGAGGAAGAGUGGCCUCUACAGAGCAUCAGAAUGCUGGAGGCCCUGCUUGCGAUCUGCCUGCACAGCGCUAACUCAGGCCUGCAGAGGAUCGAACCUGAGCUUUCAUUCCAGCUCCAGUCAGUGGAGGAGACCCUGUUAGAGGUCAGGGAUCAACUGUCCCACUCUGGGGUCGUGAACUCUGAUCUGGCUGUGCCCCUGUUUGACUUACUGCUCCGUGUGGCCCUGGCCGAGGUCUGCUCCAGUCCCGAACCCCAGGAGGACAAGGCUGAGAGGAAGUUAGCAGUGUGUGUGGAGAGUGUGGUCCCGGCGGGGGAUCUAUCUGAGGCUGAGGAGGGAGACGAGGUGCAGGGGUGUGGUGAGGCUCCAGUGCUAGGGGAGGAGGAGGGAUACGAGGCAGACAGCGAGAGCAACCCAGAGGACAUGGCCAAGCAGGAAGAAGGUGUGAAGGUGGAUUCAGCGGGCGGAGCGGGGGCCGGGCUGGGUGGAGCGGUUGCGUUCACGGCGAAGUCCCCCGGCAGAGGGGGUCGUGGCGUUCUUCUCUUCCCAGAGAUCUGCCUGAUGGAGCUCCAGCUGCUGGCGUCAGGGUCACCUGAUCUGGAGGUGUUGGGUCACGUGUUUCACAGCCUCUUGGGGGCCGUGAGGGCCAACCCCCGCAACGCUGCGUUGCUUUACCAUCAGGGAGCGGUGAAGACCAUUCUGACUGCUUUCCAGAGCAUUCUGUCACAAUCGGAUUCCAGCUAUGAAGACUGCCAGACGGUACUGGUGGAACUGCUGGUUGCCAUGAUGAGCCAGCGAAUCACAGCCGAGGAACUGGCCCUGUUGAUCCGCCUCUUCCAGGAGAAGAAUCCGCCCACUGACAUCCUACUGAAAGGCGUCCUCCAGAUCGUCCAGGCCAACGUGGACAUGGAACCUCUCUACUUCCUCUCCUAUCCUAUGAUCCUCGGCGGCGCAUCUUUCCCUGGCGGUACCUCCCCUGGCUCCCGACAAAAUGGGGGGGCGGGGGGGAAGGGGGUCGGGAUGCUGUGGAAGGGGGGGAAGCUGUCCCCGGGACGCAGGGAGGGGGAUGGAAGAGAGGAACCAGGACAUCUCAGGACCUCUCCGUGGCACGUUGCCCCGUUACACCUCCCUCUGGUGGGGCAGAACUGCUGGCCACACAUGGCCUCUGGGUUCUCUGCCUCUGUCUGGAUAAAGGUGGCUGAGAAUGAAGAGGGAGAGGGACAUACAGAGAAGGAGGAGGGGAAGGCUCCUACGUUGGAGCCCAACCUGGGGACCAUCCCGGAUGGGCAGAGGGUGGUGGAGGAGAGCCUGAUACACGUUCUCUCCAUGGGCUCCAAAGCUAUGAUGCUGCAGGUCUGGGCUGACCUCUCCACGGGAGUAUUCACUUUCAGGAUGUGUAUUGACCCUAAUGAUGAGAUGAAGGCGGGGCUACUGGCCCAGGCAGUGUCAGGGGAGGGGCUAGUCUCACCUGGCAGUUGGCAUCACCUGGGUAUCAGCUACACCCAGCAGCCUGAGGGCAAGAAGAACAUCCACGGACGCCUUGCCCUAUGGGUCAACGGAGUCAGGAAGUGUGAGGUGUCUCUGGACUACAUGUUACCCAGGAAGUCCAGCCUGUCUUCAGACAGCAACAAGACCUUCUGUCUGCUGGGACACUGUACGGGACACAGUGAGGACGUGACCAGACAUGGUGGACAGUACGACAUGGGCACUGUGCUGCUCUUUAACGGCUCCCGUAUCGGGUCAGAGGAGGCAUUCUACCUGUAUGCCUCUGGUCCAGACCUCACGUCUAUCAUGCCCUGUAAGUACGGUAAGCCCAGUGGGACCUUCUCCAAGUACGUCACCACGGACGCGUUGAAGUGUGACACUGUCAGAGAGCUAAUGAUGAAGAACAAGGAUGUGGACACAGCAGCUCUCAUAGAGUGUCUGGCAGUAGUGUACGCCCCCAGCAGCCCCAGGGUGUAUACCAUCUAUGAGCCAGUGAUCCGUCUGAAGGGUCAAGCUAAGACCAUGGUGUCUCAGAGACCCUUCAGCUCUAGAGAGGUUCAGUCUGCGGUGCUGGAGACACACAUCCUCAGGACCAUGCUGCCUGCAGAACCACAGGGCCUGCAGAACGUCCUCCACAAGAUAGGAGGAACCGGGUCCUUCGUAUUCCUCUUUGCACGGGUGGUGGAGCUAAGUGACAGCGAGCAGACCCAGGCCCUAGCCCUCCAGGUGCUACUCUCUCUGGCCAAGUACAACCAGCACCGUAUCAAUGAGAUGGACUGUUACCACGGUUACUCCAUGAUACACCAGGUCCUCAUCAAGUCCAAGUGCAUCGUGGGAUACCAUAUUCUCAAGACCUUGUUAGAUGGGAGCUGUAGUAGUCCUAUCCUAACUCUAGGGGACGACGGUCAGUUCCACCUGGACACAGAGUCUACAGCCGUGGUCCAGGACAUCAAGCUACUGUCUGAGGUUCUGCUGGACUGGAAGAUCUGGGCCAAGGCGCAGGGUGGUGUCUGGGAGACUCUGCUGGCAGGGUUGGAGAUCCUCAUCAGGGUUCACCACCCCCAGCAGGUGUUCAACAUCAGACAGUUUCUCAAAGCCCAGGUGGUCCACCGCUUCCUGCUCACCUGUCAAGUACUACAGGAGCAUCGGGACGAGCACCUGACCUCCAUCCCACAGGAAGUGUGUCUGUCUUUCGUUAAGAUCAUCCAGGAAGUGUUGGGUUCACCUCCGGACCUAGACCUCCUCCGAUUGGUCUACAACUUCCUCCUCGCCGUGCACCCGCCCACUAACACCUACGUCUGUCAUACGCCUACAAGCUUCUACUUCUCACUACACAUAGAUGGUAAUCUGUACCAGGAGAAAGUCCAGUCCAUAAUGUAUAUGAGAAAUAUCAACAGUGGAUGGAAGUCAGCUGGUAGCUCAGUGGUCUCUCUCUCCACGGCCGUCUUCACUGAGGACCCACUUCCUGAAGGUCUGUUUCCCUCUGAAGGUACCAUCCACCUUCAGCCUCCGUCACCUGAACACGGAGGAGACGACCAGUCUCUGUCCCUCCUGCCCGCCAACCUGACCCCCUCGCCCAACUCCUCCCCGUUGCUCAGGCCCUGUCUGGGCCAUGGAGGGGCUGGGAGCCCCAGGGAGGGCCAGGAAGGAGAGGGGGUGACUUUGGGAAGCACAGAGACUCUAAAGAGAGGAGGAGGAGGGGUGGGGGAGGAGCAGCUCCUGUCUAGCUGUGAGUCGGCGAAAACCAUCUGCGACUCCCGAGAGGGAGGAGAGGCACCACAUACCCCGUCCAUCAGUAUCGAGGAGGUGGAGGUAGAUGGGGAGGAGCGGAUGGAGGAGAGGGGGGAGGUGGAUAGUCUGGUUGAGGGCAGUGUGGGCGGUGCUGAAUCUGAGGACCGUUUCGAUUGGGCGAGCGAUGAGGUGCCACAGAGGCCGGACAGUCUGAAGGGGAUCACAUCGUUUCAGAGGAGCUCCUCUAACCUGGCCAGCCUGGGCCUGGCCUUCCCUGCCCAGAAUGGGAACCUAGCCCUGGGUCGCUGGCCCAGCGUGGCCGACCGUGGGACACUACCAGAAGACUGGGAGAGCUACUCAUACUCACCUGGAUACGAGAGGGCCUACAGCAAAGACUCUAGUAACGACAGGUCCAGUACAGAGGACUGCCUGGUGUUAAUAUGCUAUGGUCUAUAUGACCUGUUGAGGGGGGUUCUGCUACUACUACCAGACCUGAUGCUGCACGAGGUGAUGGAUAAGCUGGUCCAACCUGAAGCUCUUAUCGUCCUCGUCAACCACUCCUCUCCCCUUAUACAGCAGGGGGUUAUGAAGCUCCUGGAUGCCUACUUCAGCCGAGCGUUUAAGGAGCAGAAGGAAAAGUUCCUGAAGAACCAUGGCUUCAGUCUCUUAGCCAAUCAGCUGUACCUGCACCAGGGGACUCAGGGCCUGCUGGAGGUCUUCCUGGAGAUGCUGUUUGGACGACCUGUCGGCCUCGAGGAGGAUCUAGACUUGGAGGACAUGGAGACCAUCAGUCCCUUCAGGAAGCGUUGUAUCAUCCCAGUGCUGGGCUUAAUAGAGAACAGUCUGUGUGAGAACAGUCUGGUCCACAACGUGCUCUGUAUGCUACUGCAGCUCGUCAACGCCUGUCCCAAACUGGCUGACAUACUGCUGGACCACGGCCUGCUCUACGUCCUCUUCAACACUCUGUCGACACUCAACGGCAUGGAGCACGGUAUACCUCUGAACGACUACAAACUACUAGUGGUUGAUAUCCAACAGCUCUUGGUCGCGGUGACCAUCCAUUCCUGUUCUUCCUCUGGUGCUCAAUACUUCAGGAUCAUAGAGGACCUAAUCACACUGCUGGGCUUCAUGGAGACGUCCAAGAUGAAACGAACCCAGGAGAUGGCGGUGGCCCUGCAGUUCCGCGUCCUCCAAUCAGCUAUUGAGUUCAUAAAGACGACAGCUAAUCAGGACCCUCAGAAGCUGAGCAGCUCUGUCAACGUGCCCACCUCUUCUCACCAUGCCAUCUACCAGAAACGCAAGAGCAUCGCAGGUCGGCGUCGCUUCUCCCUGGCCCAGUCAGACAGUCUUCUCACCAGGAUGCGUUCUGUAGCCAGUGAUGAGCUGAACCAGAUGAUGCAGAGAAGAAUGAGUCAGGAGAACCCCAUCAGAGCAUCAGAGACUGAGUUCAUACAGAGACUACAGAGACUGGUGGUGCUGGCUGUCAACAGGCUCAUCUAUCAUGACGUGAGCCAAGACUUCUACGACCUGCUGAACUUCCCAGACUCCCCGGACCACCACCUGACCCCUGACCCUGUCGACCCUGUCGACCACGCCCCCGAGGAGGACGGCUCCAUCCCCGGCUCAUCAGGCCACACCCCUGGCCCGCCCUCUCCCCUCCCCUUCCCCCUUCCCCCGGCCAACAUGAAGAGUUUCCAGAAAGACAUCCUCAGACUGAUGAUGGACGGGAUCAAGAUCAGUCUGGGCAGUACGGGCCGUGGUGGGGCCCCCAGGCAGCAGUGGAGGAGGAUCCUGUGGUCAUGUCGGGACACCUUCAGGGUUCAGAUCGGACGUCUCUUGGUGCACACCCUCUCCCCUGCAUUACCCCUCAGGGACAGGAAGGAGGCUCUAGAGUUUGUGUUCGACCCUGCAAACCCUGACUUCCUCAAGGAGAGCCUCAGCCCCGGGUUAGAGCAUGGUCCCAAGCUAGCCAUGUAUCUGUAUGAGAUGCUCCAUGACCAUAAAGAUGCUCUGACCAAAGAGGAGCAGAGUACUCUGGUCAAUUUCAUGACGUCACUGAAGUUGUGGGGUCAUCGCUGCAUCCCGCCCAGCGCACCGCACAAACCAGACCUACUCAAGGCUAUCAAAGAGGAACAGCUGAAAUACGAGGCGGACGAGAAGAGCAGUAAACUGGCCUGGGAGAAGAAAAUAUCCAACACACAGAAAAGUCUGAUCCAGCGUCUGGACGGCAAGUCCAAGGACAUCUCUAAGAUCGCAGCCGACAUCACCCAGAAUGUGUCUCUGAGACAGGGUAUGGAGAGGAAGAAGGUGAUCCAGCACAUCAGAGGACUCUACAAGAUAGACCUCAGCGCCUCAAGACACUGGCAGGAACUGGUGCAGCAACUCACACACGACCGUGCUGUGUGGUAUGACCAGACAUCGUACCCGACCUCCUGGCAGCUGGACCCUACAGAGGGACCCAACAGGGAGAGAAGACGGCUGCAGAGGUGUUACCUCACCAUCCCCAACAAGUACCUGCUCAAAGACCGACGCAAGCCAGACGACCCAGCAGCGCGGGCUCCACUGUCCUUCCUGUUUGAGGAUAAGACCCACUCCUCCUUCUCCUCCACGGUGAAAGACAAGGCCACCAGCGAACCAAUCAGAUUCACCAGACGCUGCAUCAGUGUUGCUCCCUCUAGAGAGACCUCUGGGGAGCUGCUACUGGGGAAGUCUGGGAUGUACUUUGUGGAGGAUAACGCAGCUGACGCCCAUGACAACCAGAGUGUCCACGGGGAGACGGAGGCAGCGUCAUUCUCCUGGACCUAUGAGGAGAUUAAGGAGGUCCAUAAGAGGUGGUGGCAGCUCAGAGACAACGCUGUAGAGAUCUUCCUCACCAACGGACGGACUCUCCUGCUGGCCUUCCACACCACCAAGUUCCGUGAUGACGUGUACCACAACAUCCUGACCUCCGACCUCCCCAACCUCCUGGAGUAUGGUAACAUCACGGCGUUAACACACCUGUGGGGCUCGGGGCAGAUCAGUAACUUUGAGUACUUGACGCACCUCAACAAACACUCUGGGCGGAGCUUCAACGACCUGAUGCAGUACCCUGUCUUCCCCUUCAUACUGAAGGACUACAUCUCAGAGACACUGGACCUGGGGGACAGCUCCAUCUACAGGAACCUGAACAAGCCCAUAGCAGUCCAGUCUAAAGAGAAGGAGGAUCGCUAUGUGGACAAUUAUAAGUAUCUAGAGGAGGAGUAUCGUAAGGGAGCGCAUGAUGACGACCCCAUGCCUCCUGUCCAGCCGUACCAUUACGGAUCUCACUACUCCAACUCUGGCACUGUACUACACUUCCUGGUUCGCAUGCCUCCAUUCACCAAGAUGUUCCUGGCCUACCAGGACCAGAGCUUUGAUAUCCCUGACCGGACGUUCCACUCUAUGAAUACAACAUGGCGUCUCUCCUCGUUCGAGAGCAUGACUGACGUCAAGGAGCUAAUACCAGAGUUCUUUUACCUCCCGGAGUUCCUGGUCAACAGAGAGGGUUUUGACUUUGGUGUGCGUCAAAACAGUGAGCGUGUGAACCACGUCAACCUGCCACCCUGGGCGCGGAACGACCCUCGCCUCUUCAUCCUGAUCCACCGCCAGGCCCUGGAGUCAGACCAGGUCUCUCAGACCCUCUGUCAGUGGAUUGACCUGGUGUUUGGGUUGAAACAGAAAGGAAAGGCAGCUGUACAUGCCAUCAACGUAUUCCACCCUGCUACAUAUUUCGGUAUGGACGUGUCGUCAGUGGAGGACCCGGUGCAGCGGCGUGCUUUGGAGACCAUGAUCAAGACGUACGGACAGACGCCCAGACAGCUGUUCUCUGCAUCCCACAUCAGCAGAGCUGGACCCAGACUCAGUAUGGAGGGAGAGCUUCCCGCUGCCAUGGGCCUCCUGGUGCAGCUGGCCUUCAGAGAGACCAGGGAACAGGUCAAAGAUAUAGUUUACCCGAGUCCCCUGUCCUGGAUCAAGGGCCUGAAGUGGGGUGAGUAUGUGGGCUCCCCCAGCUCUCCAGACCCUGCAGUGUGUUUCAGCCAGCCCCAUGGAGAGAGGUUUGGGUCUCUACUGGCUCUCCCUACCAGAGCCAUCUGUGGACUGUCACGCAACUUCUGUCUCAUGAUGAUCUACAGCAAGGAACAAGGUGUGAGGAGCAUGCACAGUACAGAUAUCCAGUGGUCUGCCAUCUUGAGUUGGGGCUAUGCUGACAACAUGCUGAGGCUGAAGAGCAAACAGAGUGAACCGCCCAUCAACUUCAUACAGUGCUCUCCACUCCACCAGGUAACAGCGUGUGCCUGGGUGUCUGAUGGUUGUCAGCUGUUCACCGGCAGUAGGUGUGGAGUCAUCACGGCCUAUAUUAACCGCUUCAAUACUACAACUCCUACAGAGAUGGAGGUAGAGUCUCGGGUCCACCUGUAUGGCCACAGCUCUGAGGUGACCAGCCUCCAUGUGUGUAAACCAUACAGCAUCCUUAUCUCUGUGUCCAGGGAUGGAACAUGCAUCCUCUGGGACCUCAACAGGUUGUGUUAUGUCCAGAGCCUGACGGGUCACAAGAGCCCGGUGACCGCAGUGUCAGCCAGUGAGACCACAGGGGACAUCGCUACGGUCUGUGACUCAGUGGGCGGGGGCAGUGACCUACGGUUGUGGACUGUGAACGGCGAUCUGAUUGGCCACGUCCACUGUCGUGAGAUCAUCUGCUCUGUGGCGUUCUCCAAUCAGCCGGAGGGAGUGUCUGUCAACGUCAUUACAGGGGGACUGGAGAACGGAGUGGUCAGGCUGUGGAGCACUUGGGACUUGAAGCCAGUGAGAGAGAUCACCUUCCCCAAGUCGAACAAGCCUAUCAUCAGCCUGACGUAUUCAUGUGACGGUCACCACCUCUACACAGCUAACAGCGAGGGGACGGUCAUGGCCUGGUGUAGGAGAGACCAGCAGAGGAUGAAACUGCCCAUGUUCUACAGUUUCCUCUCUAGCUACGCUGCCAGCUGACAGACUAGGGCCUUGAACGACUACACUACCCACAAUCCUCCAGAGAGACAUGAUUACAAUACCCAUAGUCCUUUUCUGACGCAUGGCCCCAGACUACCCUGAGAGACCGCAUGAGGGACAGAAAUACAAUACCCACAGUCCUCUACUCUUAUGGCAGCCCCCCAGACUUCCUGGCAUGUUGAGUCAGAACUACAAUACCCAUAGUUAUCAUCUGACACAUUGCUCCAGACUACCCUGGGACAAAACUACAAUAACCACAGUUCUCCAGGCGGACAGAACAGCCUGAACCUCUCCAUGAGCAGUCAGUCCCCUUCUCUCCCCUCUGCCCGGAGGCAGGCAUGUCAACAUGCUGCAGACGACCAAUCAAAGCCCUCAGCUCAGACUCUAAGACCCACCUCCUGUAAUCUACAGCCAUUUCCGUGCGAGCGGCUGUUAACAUAUGAUAUUAAAGAGAUCUAGAUAUACAUUUUUUUUGCUUUUGGAAUGUUUUGGUUUUGUUGUCAUGGUAAUAAUGUUCCUUCCUUCUGAAAUGUGUUGCUGAUGACUUGAUUGGUUGUUUGGACUGUCCUGGUGAGCUGCUGCUACAUAACAUCUGACCAAUCCCAAGUCAGACCAGAGGGCUGAAGGCCCCGCCUCUGCUAGUGUCUGACCAAUCCAAAGCCAGAGCAGAGGGUUGAAGACCCGCCCCGUCUCUCCUCGACGGCCAACGCAUGCGUCUCUCUGCAUGAGUCACCUGACUGAUGGCUCUUAUUCCUGAGAGACCAGGAAAAGCUGCAGUUACAGGGUCACACUGCAUAUCUGUCACCUACCUGGAGAUGACCCUGCAUGGUCCUGUGGGGACUGAGAUACCCUUCCUGUCCACUCUGAACUCUAGACUAUGUAAACCAGCUAGGGGGAUCUGGGAUGACGUGGAUUGUGUUGCCUGUAAUGUCCUUGUCUGUGCCCUAAAUGCCUCUUCUUGCAUGCUGGAAUUAAGGAGACUGAGAUGGAUGGAUGAAUGCAGGUGCGUGCGUGCGUGCGUGCGUGUGUGGGUUCAGGUGCGUGGGUGUGGGUGUGGGUGUGAUAGCUUGAAAGCACUAACUACAUUGUGUUCCUGCAUUGUAUCAAUCCUGUUUCCUGCCUUGUAUCAAUCCUGUUUCCUGCCUUGUAUCAAUCCUGUUUCUUGUGUCAUUUUGUUUUCACUCUUUGUUUUUGCAUUGGCUUCCUUAAAGUGUUGUUGUUGUUGUUGUUAUUUCUUAUUAUCAAUGAAAGCUGAGAAUGAUUUGCUGUU